AGGGGUGCGGGUGGUCAAGUCUUGGAUUGUUGGUAAAUUGGUACAUGGGGGGUUGUUGAGUCAUGCGUAGAGAAUGCGAUGCGUGGUUUGGUGGGUUUUAGGAUUUGGAUUUUAGGUUGGGGAUUUUUAGUGCGUCCUGUAGUCGUUGGCAACGUUGCUUGGAGACGAGUUUGUGUGCUCCGUGUCCGCCAUUUUCACGUUUAGAAGUGGGGAUGGAGUGACUGUCUGACGCUGUGCUACGGAAAUUUUACGAAAAAGUGGCCGAAAAUCCAGGGAAAAUAUAAUAAUUCAGUGCGUUCGGAUCGAGUUUGGGGUAAAUUGUGUGCAGUACGGAAAGCCGAGUUAGUGUUGACGAGUGAAUCCUGGGAAGAAUAAGGGCAGUGCUUGUUGUAAUAUACCAGCGUGGCUACAACACCGCUUGUCUUUGUUUCUGUCACAGAUUUAAGAUUCCGCACAUAGCAACUGGACGUCUUAAUGAGCAACAAUGGAGUAUACAGUCAGUCGCGAAGUGUAACCUAGUAGUGCCUAGUAGUAGAAGAGCGUGGCUUCGUUUUGCGCACCAACACGUGGUUGUGUUGGUGAGUGAUUCACUGGCGGAAUAUACUAGUUAGCAAUCUGUAUUAAUCGAUUGAUUAAUAGGAAUAAUAAAAGCAAGUGGCGGUGAUCGCAGCGAAAGAACGUUGCAUGCGGCUAGUUAGUGAUAUUCGAAGUACAACCAAUGGACAAGCGUAAAAUGAUGGCAAAAAGGCCUCGUGUUGACAACCUCCGUGGCCCAAUCUCGAAUGGGCCCAUGCAGUCGCGUCCUUUGGUCGCGCUUCUGGACGGCCGCGACUGUUCCAUAGAGAUGCCCAUCCUGAAGGACGUUGCGACGGUCGCGUUCUGCGACGCCCAGAGCACAAGCGAAAUCCACGAGAAAGUGCUGAACGAGGCGGUCGGUGCGCUGAUGUGGCACACGAUAAUUUUAACGAAGGAGGACCUGGAGAAGUUCAAAACGUUGCGCAUAAUCGUGCGGAUCGGCUCCGGGGUGGAUAAUAUCGAUGUGAAGGCGGCCGGAGAGCUUGGUAUUGCCGUCUGCAAUGUGCCCGGCUAUGGUGUCGAGGAGGUGGCAGACACCACGUUGUGCCUGAUCCUGAACUUGUACAGGCGUACGUAUUGGCUGGCCAACAUGGUGCGGGAGGGUAAGAAAUUCACGGGACCGGAGCAAGUGCGGGAAGCUGCUCAGGGAUGCGCCCGCAUUAGGGGAGAUACGUUAGGUAUCGUUGGCCUGGGCCGUAUCGGGUCGGCGGUCGCGUUACGCGCCAAGGCCUUCGGCUUCAACGUAAUCUUCUAUGAUCCUUACCUUCCCGAUGGUAUAGAGAAGAGUUUGGGUCUGACGCGGGUCUACACACUGCAGGACCUUCUCUUCCAAUCGGACUGCGUUUCCUUGCACUGCACCCUCAACGAGCACAACCACCAUCUUAUCAACGAGUUUACCAUCAAGCAGAUGCGACCCGGUGCCUUCUUGGUGAACACCGCACGAGGUGGACUUGUCGACGACGACGCCCUCGCCACCGCUCUUAAGCAGGGACGAAUCCGCGCCGCUGCCCUCGACGUCCACGAGAAUGAGCCGUACAACGUCUUCACUGGCCCCCUGAAGGAGGCUCCCAACCUUCUCUGCACACCGCACGCGGCCUUCUACAGCGAUGCCUCCGCGACAGAGCUCCGAGAGAUGGCCGCGUCGGAGAUCAGGAGAGCCAUCAUGGGCCGCAUACCCGAGUGCCUCAGGAACUGCGUCAACAAGGAGUACUUCCUAGGACCGGGCGCCUACCCCGAAGGUACAGUUUCUCCAGCUGGUGUAAAUGGAGGAUACUAUCAAGGCGGGGCCCUUCCCGUCCAGCAGGCCCAUUCAACAACGCCCCACGAAGCCCCUCACACGGUGGCACCUAGUGCAGCACCUCCGACACCUCAACCGCAACCGCCUACAGGACCUGUCAUCCCUCCCCACGCUCUGCCAAUGAGCACACCAGAUCCAACCAAUCACCACGCUCCGAAGCCAGAACCAUCAGAAGUCCACUAACAUCAAGGGUGAAGCAGCAUGUCGUUGACGCGUGUGUGCUUCUGUUGGGACAGAAUGUAUGAAUGCGUCAUUCUAAUUAUUUUUAUUUUUUCAAUUCAAUGCAUUAUAUGUUAAUUUCGUUUCGAUUAAGAGUUAUACAUAUCGUGGAUUUUUGGUACACAAACACAACACAUUACAAUCUAAAUGAAACCAUCAUCAACAACAACAACAACAAAAUGAAUGGAAAUCGACUCAGAUAAAAAAAAGAAAAAGCAGCAGCAAAUUGAACAUACAUACAGACCAGCAAACAAUCAAUAAAAGCAUCACAUAGUUAAGAUAAA